AUGGAUGAUGAUGAGAGCGAUGAGGACCUGUCGGGGCUGUCUAAGGAGGAGCUGGGGCGGAGAAUCGCGUCCCGAUGGGCGCAUGGGGAGGACGGUCCUGGGGGCGCGGAGGUGGAGGGGGGAGACGGGGACGGGGGGAAGGCGGACGGGGAGGGUGAGGGGGAGGGGGAUGAUGGGGUUGAUUUGGGCGGGGAGGAUGGCCCCUGCUGCCCCUUCGCCCACAUCCUUGAGGGACAAGGCAAGGCAGGUGUGAUCGCGGGUCUCCUACCUCGCCUCCUACUCACCCCCCCGCCCUCUUCUUUCCCCCAUACCCCCCUUCCCGCUUUUCCUCCCGCCCCACCCUCCUCCCGCUUGCUCCCCGCCAUCAGCGCCUGCCCCGCCGCCAUCGCUGUGGGACAAGGCAAAGCAGGUGUGGACGCGGGUGUCCGCCCUCGUCUCCACCAAGCCUUCUCUGCCAGUGAACGAAACAGGUGGGUCUACCUGCUGACGAUCCGCUCCGAGUACAACGUUAUCUCGACCAAGCUCAGCAAGACUAAGGGGCGACUUCGCACGGUGAAGGAAAACCUGGAGAAGGACCUGGUUUGCUUCAUUCGCCGACCACUGCUUCUCCUUCAAAGUCAACCAGUUAAGAUGCCAAUCCGCAUGCACCAUGCAUGUCCAUGCCAUGCCAUGCCAUGCAUGCCCAUGCCAUGCCACGCAUUCCAAUGCCAUGCCCAUGCCGUUCUCCAUCCAACCACCAACCUCCCCCUCACUUCCUCCCCUUCCUCCCCCUUCCUCCCCUUCCUCCCCUUCCUCCCCCUUCCUCCCCUUCCUCCCCCUUCCUCCCCCUUCCUCCCCUUCCUCCCCCUUCCUCCCCUCCCUCCCCUUGUAAAGCUCGUUUCUCACUUGACCAUCCACCAUGUUGCUCUUGACCCUCUCCUCCCGUUCCCCCCUUCCUCUAUCCACCUCCUCUUCCCGUCCCUUCUCUCCCACACCCUCCUCCCAUUCCCCUCCUUCCCAAACCCCCCUCCCAUUCCCCUCCUUCCCAAACCCCCCUCCCAUUCCCCUCCUUCCCAAACCCCCCUCCCCUUCCCCUCCUUCCCAAACCCCCCUCCCCUUCCCCCUAUGAUGCGAAAGACGCGUCCUGCGACGCAGCGUCCUCUGAGCGUCUUUCGCAUCAUAGCCUUCCCCUCCUUCCCAAACCCCCCUCCCCUUCCCCCCUCCCCUUCCCCCCUCUCCUUCCCCUCCUUCCCAAACCCUCCUCUCCUUCCGCCUUCUCCCAAGACACCCGCCUUGCCUCUCCCCCCUCCACACCCUCCCCCUCUCGUCCCCCUCAACCCCAGAUAUGAGUAUGAGUACGAGGUGUGCCCAUAUCGGCAGGUGAAGCAGAAGGAGAAGCACCACUCUGAUACCACCAAGGUGAAGCAGAUGGAUGGGGGAUCACCACCAGUCUGCUCUGAUACCAGUAGUACCCCAGUACUUGCCCCCACAGUGGAGCUACCGGUGUGCUAUGCGGUGCUGCGGGGUGCUCAGAGCUGCUAUUCUUCAUUCGGCUUGCUUGCUUUCAUCCCUGCAGCAUUCGGCUUGCUUGCUUUCAUCCCUGCUGCAUUCGGCUUGCUUGCUUUCAUCCCUGCAGCAUUCGGCUUGCUUGCUUUCAUCCCUGCUGCAUUCGGCUUGCUUGCUUUCAUCCCUGCAGCAUUCGGCUUGCUUGCUUUCAUCCCUGCAGCAUUCGGCUUGCUUGCUUUCAUCCCUGCUGCAUUCGGCUUGCUUGCUUUCAUCCCUGCUGCAUUCGGCUUGCUUGCUUUCAUCCCUGCAGCAUUCGGCUUGCUUGCUUUCAUCCCUGCAGCAUUCGGCUUGCUUGCUUUCAUCCCUGCUGCAUUCGGCUUGCUUGCUUUCAUCCCUGCUGCAUUCGGCUUGCUUGCUUUCAUCCCUGCUGCAUUCGGCUUGCUUGCUUUCAUCCCUGCAGCAUUCGGCUUGCUUGCUUUCAUCCCUGCUGCAUUCGGCUUGCUUGCUUUCAUCCCUGCUGCAUUCGGCUUGCUUGCUUUCAUCCCUGCAGCAUUCGGCUUGCUUGCUUUCAUCCCUGCAGCAUUCGGCUUGCUUGCUUUCAUCCCUGCUGCAUUCGGCUUGCUUGCUUUCAUCCCUGCUGCAUUCGGCUUGCUUGCUUUCAUCCCUGCUGCAUUCGGCUUGCUUGCUUUCAUCCCUGCUGCAUUCGGCUUGCUUGCUUUCAUCCCUGCUGCAUUCGGCUUGCUUGCUUUCAUCCCUGCAGCAUUCGGCUUGCUUGCUUUCAUCCCUGCAGCAUUCGGCUUGCUUGCUUUCAUCCCUGCAGCAUUCGGCUUGCUUGCUUUCAUCCCUGCUGCAUUCGGCUUGCUUGCUUUCAUCCCUGCUGCAUUCGGCUUGCUUGCUUUCAUCCCUGCAGCAUUCGGCUUGCUUGCUUUCAUCCCUGCUGCAUUCGGCUUGCUUGCUUUCAUCCCUGCUGCAUUCGGCUUGCUUGCUUUCAUCCCUGCUGCAUUCGGCUUGCUUGCUUUCAUCCCUGCAGCCGCUGGUGAAGCUGGAGUGAAGCUGGAGUGCGGACUGAAAACAGGGAUCAAGUCAGUGGAGGAGCCAAGCCGAUGCGAGUACGAAGCGGUGCUCGUGACGACUGCAGUGUGCAACGCAGAGCUGGCACAGGAGCUGGAGAGGCAGCUGAAGCAGAUGGAGGAUGAUUUGGCUGGUCACGAUGAGCUGUAA